AUGAAUAAUUUUGUCGGAUCUAUACCAGACAAUUUUUCUAAGAGCAAUUCUUUGCAAUCUUUGCAUUUGAACAACAAUCAAUUUGAGGGAUGGUUGCCUUUGUCUUUGACCCAUUGCAAACAAUUAGAAAUUUUAGAUGUGGGGGCAAACAAGAUCAACGACAAAUUUCCUAAUUGGUUGGAAGGCUUACCGGAGCUACAGGUACUCAUUUUAAGAGAUAAUGAGUUCUACGGUGCCAUUCAUAGUUCUGACACCAAACAUCCUUUUCCCAUGUUAAGAAUUUUUGAUGUUGCCAACAACAAUUUCAGAGGAUCUUUGCCAACAACAUAUAUCAAGGAAUUUAAAGGAAUGAUGAAUGUUGACUUUGUUUCAGCCAAACUAGAUUACUUGGGAAACCGUUAUCAAUCUUAUUAUCAAGAAUCAGUGAUGGUCACAUUGAAAGGUGUUGAUUUGGAGUUGGUAAAGAUCUUAACUACAUUCACAACCAUUGACUUCUCAAAUAACAUGCUUGCUGGAGAGAUUCCACAUGUUAUUGGUGAGCUGCAUUCACUAAAAGGCCUCAAUCUCUCGCACAACAAAAUCACUGGUCCUAUUCCUCAGUCCAUUGCAAAUUUGACAAAUCUAGAAUGGCUAGAUUUAUCAUCAAACAUACUUAUGGGUGAGAUUCCUCUUGUACUAGCAAAUCUCAACUUUCUUGAAGUUUUGAAUCUUUCACUGAAUCAGCUUGUCGGAGAAAUACCAAGAGGUAAGCAGUUUGAUACAUUUUCACAAGAUUCCUUUGAGGGAAAUUUAGGAUUGUGUGGAUUUCAAUUGUCAAAAGCAUGUAAUCAUGAUGAAAGGAAAUUGCCACAACCAACUUCAUCAAGUAAUGACAAAUUUGGAUUUGGUUGGAAACCAGUGGCUUUGGGAUAUGGAUGUGGGAUGGUGUUUGGAAUAUUGAUGGGUCAAGUUGCUUUCUUAACUGGAAAACCUAAAGAGCUUGUCAGAAUUUUUCAAGCUAGGCCUAAGAAACAAGCAAAAAGGACAAGGAAAGGAGCUCAUCCGAAUUAG